CACCGCGGCGCGACAGCCGGGAAGGUCGCGGCGGUGACCGGGCAGCGCCGCAGCCGCCGCCAUGUUGUCCGUGGCCGCCCGCUCCGGGCCCUUCGCCCCCUACCUGUCGGCCGCCGCGCACGCUGUGCCCGGCCCGCUCAAGGCGCUGGCGCCGGCGGCGCUGCGGGCCGAGAAGGUGCCGCUGGACCUGCGGCGGCCGCUGCUCUGCCGGGAGUCGCUGAGCGGCCGCUCGGCCCGGGGGGGGCUCGUCGCCAGCGCCAGCCUCAACGCACCUGCCAGCGUGCGUUGUGUCCAUAAUGAUGUCACAGUACCUGACUUCUCUGCCUACCGUCGUCAAGAUGUGCUAGAUGCCACAGCAUCUUCUCAAAGCAGCAGUGAAGCUAGAAAAGGGUUUUCCUACCUGCUGACUGCAACAACGUGUGUAACUGCUGCAUAUGCCGCUAAGAAUGCUGUCACCCAGUUUGUUUCCAGCCUCAGUGCUUCUGCUGAUGUGCUAGCAUUGUCAAAGAUUGAAAUCAAGCUGUCUGACAUUCCGGAAGGCAAGAACAUGGCUUUCAAGUGGAGGGGGAAGCCCCUCUUUGUGCGCCACAGAACCCAAGCAGAGAUUAAUCAGGAAGCUGAAGUUGAUUUGUCUAAACUGAGGGAUCCACAGCAUGAUUUAGACAGAGUAAAGAAGCCAGAAUGGGUCAUAUUAAUAGGUGUCUGCACUCAUCUUGGUUGUGUACCUAUCGCUAACUCCGGAGAUUUUGGUGGUUAUUACUGCCCUUGCCACGGGUCCCAUUAUGAUGCCUCUGGCAGAAUCAGGAAAGGUCCUGCUCCCCUUAACCUUGAGGUUCCAACUUACCAGUUUAUUAGUGAUGAUGUAGUUGUUGUUGGCUGAAUAAUCAAGUGCUUGCUCGUUUUCUUGUUCUGAUGAAUGUACACUCAAAAGGGUUAACUGAUCCUCUGGAAUGCUGUCAAACCAGAUGAUCUUGAAUACACAUUAGCUGUCUUGACUCAACCUGAAGUAUGUUCGAAUACUUCCCUAUGUUCAAUUGUAAUAAAAACUUUGAGUGAGCACUC